AUGCUGGAAAUGGGAGAAGAUGUUGCUACAUGUCCAAGUUGUUCUUUGAUUAUUCGCGUCAUCUACGAUCCUGACAUGUUCGUCAAUAUGGAGACAUCAACGAUGCCACCACAGCAGGCUGUCGCCACCGAGAACUGA